AUGGCAAAGGUGAUUUUGGCGACGGCGAGCUAUGACCACACGAUUCGAUUCUGGGAGGCACCUACGAGCAUGCCGACGCGCACCAUCCAAUACCCUGACUCACAGGUCAAUCGAAUUGCCAUCACGCCUGACAAAUGCCUUCUCGCCGCUGCUGGCAAUCCUCACGUGAUGAGCUUUGAUGGCCACACGACGAACGUGACGAGCCUUGGCUUUCAGAGGGAGGGCAAAUGGAUGUACACCGGCUCAGAGGAUGGCACCGUCAAGAUCUGGGAUCUUAGGGCUUCGGGCUGCCAGAGGGACUACGACUGCGGUGCUGCCGUGAACAGUGUCGCACUCCACCCCAACCAGGCCGAGCUCAUCUGCGGUCUUCAGAACGGUAACAUCCGCGUGUGGGACCUGGCCGAGAACAAGUGCACAGAAUACGCGCCCGAACCUGAGGUGGCCGUGCGCUCCAUUCACGUGUCGCCCGACGGCUCGCAGGUGGUGGCUGCCAACAACAAAGGCCGAUGCUACGUGUGGAAGCUUGCGCCCGACUCCAAGUUCGAACCGCUCACUCACAUUGACGCGCACAAGUCCUACAUCUUGAAAGUGCUCUACUCGCCUGACGCCAAGAUAUUGGCAACGUGCUCGGCAGACAAGACUGUCAAGCUGUGGAACACGAAGGACUACAAGUUGCUCAAGACUCUUCAGGUAGGCCACGGACGCUGGGUGUGGGAUUGCGUGUUCUCCACCGACUCUGCCUACCUCGUUACCGCGUCUUCGGACAACGAAGCGUGGUUGUGGGAGCUGUCUGCGGGCGAGACGAUUCGCCGCUACCGUGGCCACCACAAGGCCGUCUCCUGCGUUGCUCUCUCAGACAACUAA